AUGCUCCGCGUGGAGCUUCGUCUACGGGCGUCUCCUACUUCCUUACGUCGUCUUCAGCACUCGGCAACUUCUACUUCUGUUUUAUCUACAUCUUCCAUCAAUUCCACGGGUCCCGGUUCAUCUUCUGAAGCCAAUGGAAAUGGAGAGGAGCCACCGAAGUACAAGCCUGGAUGGUUCAGUCGUAAUCCUGGCGUAACAUUGGGCGGGAUUCUCUUGGGUAUUGGCUGUUAUAUCUAUAGAGGGUCCAGGAGUAAGAAAAACUUUGAGGCACUGCAGAAUCCUAUCGCAGAAGCGGCAGUUAUCUCACCCUAUGAGGCUUGGGAGCUCCGUAGCAGCAACAACAUUACACCCGAGACCUUUGAGGACAUAAGAGAUGGAGUGACAAAGGCAUUUCCUGCUGGUAAGGCUACAAUGCAACACUUUGACCAGUAUCUGGGCUUCAAGCUGGCUCAAGCGUGUCCGACGGGAGUGAAGAAAGCUUAUCAUCUGGAAAGAGUCUUAUUAAGUCUAGAGAAAGACAAAGAUCACAAGAGUGACGUCGAUGCGCAGAUGGUGGCCUUCUCCAUGGCUGUUAAGGGGGACGUGAACGAGCGGUUGCGAGUUCUGUUCAACUUGGCGACAAAAGCACCGGCAGGUGAAGCACUCAAGACACUUGCAGAAGAUAAUAAAGAGGAGACCGAGAUGCGUGAGAUGUCCCAGGAACAGUUGGAGCGACUGAUCCACCUGCUGCUUGAGACGAACCAAAUCCCCUCCGAGAAACGUGUGCUGGCUCGCGAGGAUGUCAAGUACCCGUUCCAGGAGUACAUUACAGCGACUUCAUCCGAUAUGCUCAAGGCUGCUGUACAGACUCAGAUACGUGACAAGAAGAUUACGAAAGAGGAAGCACAAGAACGUCAGACGUACACGUUUGACGCGUUCUCGCAACUCAUGCGAGGCAAGACUGUGUGUUUAUGGGGCGAAUGUUUCACCAACAGCAAGAAGAAAAUGAAGAACUAA